CCCGGAAGCGGUGUCAGAGGCCGGGAGCCGGGCGGGCGGGCGGACUUGUUGUUCUUCGCGAAGUCGGAGCCGAAGCGCGCGGCGCGGGCGGUGGCCGCGGGGAGCGAGCGCGAGGGCAGAGAGCGCGAGCCCAGGAGCCGCCGCGCGCUCGCGCCUGCGCGAAGCCAGUGACAACUCCCAGCGCUUGUCGGGUGCCGGUGCCAGGUUAUGACGACGACUCCCAGACCGAACAAGGCACUAAAGGUCAAGAAGGAGGCGGGCGAGAACGCCCCCGUGCUGAGUGACGAUGAGCUGGUGUCCAUGUCGGUGCGGGAGCUGAACCAGCACCUGCGUGGCCUGACCAAGGAGGAGGUGGUACGGCUGAAGCAGCGGCGUCGCACUCUCAAGAACCGCGGCUACGCCGCCAGCUGCCGUAUCAAGCGCGUGACACAGAAAGAGGAGCUGGAGCGGCAGCGGGUGGAGCUGCAGCAGGAGGUGGAGAAGCUGGCCUCGGAGAACGCCAGCAUGCGGCUGGAGCUGGACGCACUUCGCUCCAAGUACGAGGCCUUGCAGACCUUCGCCCGCACUGUGGCCCGCGGCCCCGUGGCGCCCACCAAGGUGGCCACCACCAGUGUCAUCACCAUUGUCAAGUCGGCCGAGCUCGCCAGCUCCGUGCCCUUUUCAGCCACGACCUAGUGUGGGCAGGGCGCCCCUUGGGGAUGGACCUGGGGUCUCCCUGGGCCGGGCCUCGGGGCCAGACGCAUCGCUCUUGAUCCACAGGGCCUGUGUCCCCAUCUUGUGCCUGUCUGUGCCCUGGCCAGUGGGCGGGCGCCUGCACUGACCCCCGGAUUCUGAAGGAGCUCAGCUCUGCAGGGUACAUGUGGCCCUGCGUGACCUUUGCCCAAGCCGCUGCUCACACACUGUGGGGCGGUGGGGGUGCCCGUAGAAGUGAUGUGGGUGCAGGUGGGGAGACGUUCCCUCUGCGUCGGGUUGACUGAGGGGUCUUUUGGGAGGCUGGGACGGGGACUGCUGCCACCCAGGCCAGCCGGACCUUCUUGCGCCCGCUUCCCAGCUUAGAGGGACAUCAGGGCCUUUCCCAGAGCACUGGGUUCUGGGUAAGGCGGGCAUGCCCUCAGCGCCCCUGCCCGGUGGGACCCCCUCGCCAUGACCCAGGGAGAGGUGGGCGACAGCUGGCACCAGAGGCUGCAGCGUGUCCAGGGCCUCGGCCUGCUGGGGCAGAGAGCAGGGCCGGCGGUGGCCAGCUGUCAAUGCCGUAGCGCGGUAGGUAAUCCACAUUGGAUGUCAUCGGGCCACGGGGAAAUAUUUAAAAGAGAGACUUCUAUAUAUAUAAAAUUAUAUCACAUUUUACCGUACAGAGUUUUCGUACCUUUUUCUCCUGUUUGAUACUGUAAGGCCGGACACGUAGAGCCUCGGGCCCCCAGCAUCCCCCUACUGUGGCGUGUCGCCGUCACGGUGUGAAGCUGGAUUUUUAUUUAAGAAAAGGCCCCUGGUUGGGGCAGCCCACCUUCCUGCCCCCACAAGCAGCCCAGGGGAGCAGGCGCUUGUUUCGUGCUGCUGCUUCCUGUGAUCUAAGUUACUGAAGGGCCCAGCGCAAGCCAUGAGCUCCUCAGCCCCCUAAUUUAUUGUCCUUCAUCUGCUGCAGUGCUUUGUACCUUCAAUAAAGUUUUCUAGGUCCUGUGA